GCAGUGUCCAACUUGAUGCUACCCUCCAGCGUCUCCGGACUCAGAGGCGAUGAAUGCAGCCACAGCUCCACUGCAAGCCUGGCCCCCGUGGCACCCCCUCCUUUUCCUGCUCCUCCUGCCUGGAGGUAGCAGUGGUAGCUGCCCUGCCGUUUGUGACUGCACCUCCCAGCCCCGAGCCGUGCUCUGUGCCCACAGGAGACUAGAGGCUGUCCCUGGGGGACUCCCGCUGGACACUGAGCUCCUGGACCUAAGUGGGAACCGCCUGUGGGGGCUUCAGCGGGGCAUGCUUUCCCGACUGGGCCUGCUCCAGGAACUGGACCUCAGCCACAACCAGCUCUCGGCCCUGGAGCCUGGGGCCUUCCAGGGCCUACAGAGCCUGCUCACCCUGAGGCUACAGGGCAACCGGCUCCGCAUUGUGGGGCCGGGGGUCUUCUCGGGUCUGUCUGCCCUCACGCUGCUUGACCUCCGCCUCAACCAGAUUGUUCUCUUCCUGGAUGGAGCUUUUGGUGAGUUAGGCAGCCUCCAGCAGCUGGAGGUUGGGGACAAUCACCUGGUGUUUGUGGCUCCAGGGGCAUUUGCAGGACUGGCCAGGUUAAGCACCCUCACCCUGGAGCGCUGCAACCUCAGCAUGGUGCCUGGCCUGGCCCUGGCCCGGCUCCCAGCACUAGUGGUCCUUAGGCUCCGGGAACUGGAUAUUGAGAGGCUGCCGGCUGGGGCGCUGCGGGGGCUGGGGCAGCUAAAGGAGCUGGAGAUCCACCACUGGCCAUCUCUGGAGGCUCUGGACCCUGGGAGUCUGACGGGGCUCAAUCUGAGCAGCCUGGCCAUCACUCGCUGCAACCUGAGCUCUGUGCCCUUCCAGGCUCUGCACCACCUGAGCUUCCUCAGGGUCCUGGAUCUAUCUCAGAACCCUAUCUCUGCCAUCCCAGCCCGGAGGCUCAGCCCCCUGGUUCGGCUCCAGGAGCUGCGACUCUCAGGGGCCGGCCUCACUUCCAUCGAGGCCCACGCCUUCCACGGCUUGUCCGCCUUCCACCUGCUGGAUGUGGCCGAUAACGCCCUUCAGACCCUGGAGGAAACGGCUUUCCCUGCUCCAGACAAACUGGUCACUCUGAGGCUGUCUGGCAACCCCCUAACCUGUGACUGUCGCCUCCUCUGGCUGCUCAGGCUCCGGAGCCGCCUGGACUUUGGCACCUCCCCCCCUGCCUGUGCCGGCCCCCAGCAGGUCCGGGGGAAGAGCCUGAGGGAGUUUUCAGACAUCCUGCCUCCAGGGCAUUUUACCUGCAAACCAGCCCUGAUCCGAAAGUCUGGGCCCCGCUGGGUCAUGGCCGAGGAGGGAGGACUCGCCGUUUUUUCCUGCUCGGGAGAUGGAGACCCAGCCCCCACGGUCUCCUGGAUGAGGCCUCAGGGGGCUUGGCUGGGAAGGGCAGGGAGAGUCAGGGUCCUAGAGGAUGGGACACUGGAGAUCCGCUCAGUACAGCUGCAGGACAGAGGGGCCUAUGUCUGUGUGGUCAGCAACGUAGCUGGGAAUGACUCCCUAAGAACCUGGCUGGAAGUAAUUCAAGUUGAACCACCCAACGGCACUCUCCCUGACCCCAACGUCACCGUGCCGGGGAUCCCAGGGCCUUUCUUUCUGGACAGCAGGGGUGUGGCUAUGGUGCUGGCAGUUGGCUUCCUCCCCUUCCUCACCUCAGUGACCCUCUGCUUUGGCCUGAUUGCCCUCUGGAGCAAGGGCAAGGGCCGGGUCAAACACCAUGUGACCUUCGACUUUGUGGCACCUCGGCCCUCUGGGGAUAAGAACUCUGGGGGAAAUCGGGUCACUGCCAAGCUCUUCUGACUUUUCCUUCCACCCAGGGGACCCAGACAAGUCCAAUUCAGACACCCAAGGGAAAGACAGAACCAAGGCCACUUGGACCAGAACCUCAUCCCAAGCAGCCCAGAUCUCCCCAACCCGCCACCUGC